AUGCCAAAUAUUCAAUUGGGCUACAAACGCGAGGUAGGCAACAGGUGUGUAUACCGCGUCACCUGCUGCUACUUCUUCCUCGAUCUGGAUCCAGGUCAUCACAACCACCAUCACAACAACAGCGGAUUCGCUCUGGUUGUUGUCUCAACCAAAGACAUGGCUUCCUGUAGCUCCUGCUACAAGCCCACCUGUCCCGGCGCCGAGAGCUGCCAGACGCUGUACGCGAUCUCGGAUUUGGUCGUGGCCUACGCGCAGCAGCCCGAGCCGACCCCUACCACUGCACUCAACGCCCCGACCUCCGCUCCUAACACCCAGAUCCCAACCGAGGAAGCUCCCAUCGACGAAAGCGACAGCGACGACGAGAUAAACUGGAAAAACAAGCUGGCCAUUGAAGCAACUGAAUGCGUUUUCCGUGGCGUUCAUCUCUCGGCCCCUCCCUUCCCGUUCAGACAACGCUGGGAUGCGGCUGCCCGUCACGAGAUAGGCGAGCGAAAGAAUCGGGGCAGGAAGCGCAAGAGAAGGGAGUAUGAAGAAUACGAAGAGGAGGAGAACUACGAGUACUUUGAUAAUGAGGAAUUUCAGAGGAUACAUGAUCUCAUGUCUGCUACCCUUGUUACUAUCGCGGCCAUGGAUACCAGUCCUCGUCCGACGAAGCGGCGGAAGAAGGCGAUGAGGAAGAAGAAGCAGGGUCGUGCUGGUGGUGGUGAUGGUGUUGCUGGUCCUGCAGGCAGCUCAGCUUGA